AAAAAACAAACACAGCUGUUUAGAUUUUAGUGCACCGCUAUGAUUUUAUCGAGUAUUUCUUCAAAUUUUUAUAAAUAUAAAAGAAAACUAACUUUAAUAAGAACAUUUAGCACAAAAAUUAAUAAAAAUGACUUGAAAGUGUUGUUUUUUGGUACAGACAAUUUUUCAUUGCCCAGUCUUAAAGUGUUACACAAGCAUAAUAAUAGUAAAAUUGAAAAUUUAGCGGUUGUUACCUCAUUCAAAAGUCCAGCUAAUUGUGUGCGGCUGUAUGCCGAACAGCAAAAAUUACGUUUAUAUAAAUGGCCAAUCGUAGCAGAAGAUUGUCAUGCUUACGAUUUGGGAGUUGUAGUAUCCUUUGGUCAUAUGAUACCUUCGCAAAUAAUAGAAGCAUUUCCUUUGGGUAUGAUUAAUGUACAUGCCAGUUUAUUGCCAAGAUGGCGCGGAGCAGCUCCUAUUAUUUAUGCCAUUAUGAAUGGUGAUAAGGAGACUGGUGUAAGCAUAAUGCGUAUAGAACCCAAACGUUUUGAUAUCGGUGAUAUUUUUGCCAAAAAAUCUGUAACUAUAAAAACAGAUGUUUAUAUGCCGGAGUUACAUAAAGAAUUGGCAGAAAAAGGAGCUAAUCUGUUGUUGGAAGUAGUAAAAGGUUGUCCUCAAACUUUGGAAAAUCCUUUAAAACAAAAUGAACAAGAAGCUACAUAUGCUCCCAAAAUUACACCCGCGAUAACGGAAAUAGAUUGGUCAAAUAUGACUGCUCAGGAUGUAUACAAUCGUCAUCGGGCUUUAUACACUUUCAAAGCUUUAACCUGUAGAUUUCAAACUAAAUCUAUAGAAAUAUUGGAAGUUAAAUUACCACCCGCUACUGUAAAGUCAACAUUUUCUAUUUCAUCACCCCCCGGAUCUGUGGAGUAUCGCAGAGAACGAAAAUGCUUGCAGGUGAAAUGUGCUAAGGAAACAUUCGUGGAAAUCUUUAGACUACGUGUAGAAGGUAAAAAGGCCAUGAAUGCUAUAGAUUUUAAUAAUGGCUUUUUGAAAAAGUUGUCAAAAUCCGAAAUGGAAUUUUAUUGUAAUAAAACGGCUGUAUCUUGUUAAAGUUAUUAAAUCCAA